CAGCUGACAUCCUUCCAGAAGGAUUGAUGCAGUGUUUUUGUAAUGACCCUACAGAUUUCAGUUCAAGUGGGCACCACUACAAGCAGCACUGUUUGUUUGUCAAACACAACUUAAACAUUAGUUGAGCACGUGUUUUGGCAUUGGAGAUUUUAUGGUUGCCUUGUUUUUACUAUUGAAAACUUUCAGUUCUGGAAAAAUGGAUGAAGAGGACGCUGUUCGUGUGGAUGGGAGGCUUGUUCCCUUGCACCAACUCCUAGACUUUAUUGAAGGCAAUGAUGAUGCUAUAACAAACACACGAGUCAAUAUAACUUUACUGCCUCCAACAAACGCAACAGAUGAUAUGACUGACGAAGACUCUGGGGAUGAAGAUAACGUCGAGAUAGACAAUGUACCUCCAAGCCAAAUAAAUGCUCCUGCUUUCCUUGAAGUAGUAAAUGAUGAGUUGAAAAAAAAAAUGUGACAGUAAAAAAACAGUGCGCCUUCCAGAAAUUGCUUUUACAGAUCAAAGGGCUCACAAAAGAAAGAACACAUGCUCUUUGUUUCAAGCUAAUAGUACUCAGAUGACUGAAAAGAAAAAAAAGGCUUUCAAUUGGAAAAUGAAUUGUGAUCUAGAAGCAAUACUUGAGGAGUGGCCAUUGAUGACUACGGUUUGCUAACAGAGAAAAAACACCUUUAGAAUAUUUCGAGUUGUUUUUUGAUGAAGAUGUGAUAAAAAUGAUGGUAAAAUAUACAAAUCAAUAUGCAGCUAAGAGAAACCGUUUGGGCGAUUGUUCAGAGGCGAUUGUCACAAAAAGGCAACUACAAAGUGCAUAAAAUGUGUAGUGCCACUCCAUGUUUCAUGCUUUUUGCACUAUCAUACAAAAUAAGUGCUCAUAAUAUAAAUGUAUCUUUCUUAAGUGCUUUUAGUUUAAGUAUUAUUUCAAAAACCAAAUUGUAUUUGUAAUUAAGAACUUUACAUGUAUUUGGCUGACGUCCUUCCAGAAGGAAGGCCGAUUUUAAGAAAUAUAGAGUUUCCAAAAUGGCGAAAACUUAAUAUCCUGUUUAUUUUCAUCCUAUACUAUUA